AUGGCGUUUGCUGGCAUGUCUCUCGUCACCGCUGAGGGCAAGCUGUGCACGUCUACCGUGUCGCCCAUCGACUCCCGCGCGGCCCGCGGCAACUACUACCCUAAUGGCUGUGACUACCAGUGGGACGGUUGGGUAUCGGUUUCUAUUGGCCUUGAGGACGACGAAGAUGAUGACGCUGACGAUGAUGAGCAAAAGCAGCCCGUGAAGGUCCGGCUUGCCAUCUGUUUGAUCGACCAAUUUCAGUGGCAAGAGUCAGUAUACAUCCAUGAAUGUGAAACAGAAGAUUUUGUUCUCAAUUCUGUAAUCUGCGAUAAAGAUUUCAUAAGAAGAUCUACGUUGGAAAGAUCUUCGUAUCUCAAGGAUGACAGCUUCAUAAUCCGUUUCGACGUUAGCGUACUUGACGUCAAGGCCGACGUCAACACGGAGGUUGGCGCUACCACCAUCGUUUCUCGGUUCAUCCAAGUCCCUCCUUCCGACCUGGCAAUCCACUUCAGGCCUUGCCUCAAGGAUCUCCUCAUGUCCAAGGAGGGUGCUGACGUGACGUUUGAGGUUGGCGGCGAAGCAUUUGCUGCGCAUCAAUGUGUGCUUGCAGCGCGAUCUAUGGCAUUCAAGUCACAGCUGUUUGGUGACACUCCUGGUGGUGCUACUGUGAAGAUCGAUGGUAUAGAAGCAGAAGUGUUUAAGAGCAUGCUAACUUUCAUCUACACCGACACAUUGCCUGUACCUGACUGGAAUAAAAUACAAGUGUGGACACCAGAGGGAGCCCCAAAAGCAGUCCAACAUGUAAUGUGGCUGCUGCAGUUGCUUGAAGCUGCGGAGAGAUAUGAUCUCCAUAGGCUCAAGUUGAUCUGCCAAGACGAGUUGGGCACCAGCAUUCAGCUGAAGACGGUAGCGGACAUCAUUGUUGGAGCUGAGCGGGGACAUUACCGUUGGUUGAAGGAAGAGUGCUUGGAGUUCAUCAAAUCUAACACAACCGUGCACAAAGUUUUCACAGCUGAGGAGAUUGAGCAGAUCGUCAAAACCUGCAGCGCCUCCGUUCUCAACAAGCUCCUCUCCAAGUUUGCUUCCUAA